UGGUAUGGUAAAUAGUAAAUUGGUAUUUCGAUACAUAAAAUCAAGUGUAAUCAAAUAGAAAAUGGAAGUACCAAAAAAAGAAUUUAGCGAGAAAACGUGUAAACUAGAAAUAGAGUAUAAUGAAUUUGAUGAUUCUCUUUUGGAUGGCUUUAAAUGUGAAAUACCAGAGGAAUCCAAUAGACACACUUCACAUGACACAUAUGAUUAUUUAGACUUAAAGGAAUGUUCCAUAAAUACUGAAAUAGAACAACAUGGACAUAAAAUAAACCUAUUUGAAGAAAACCAAAAAACUGAAAAAGGUUAUGUCCAAGAUGAACAAAAAAUGGAAAUUAUGGAGACACUAAUUGAAGAUUCAUAUUAUGAAAGCAAUUAUGCAAGCCAACACUCCAAAAGAAAAACAUUAAAUGAAAAUAUGAAAGUUGCAACUGGCGAAAAUCCUUAUGAGUGUGAAAUUUGUUUUAAGCAAUUUAGUCGAGCAGAUCGUCUGAAAACACAUUUGAAAGUGCACACUGGAGAAAAAUCUUACAAGUGUAAAAUUUGUUUUAAGCAAUAUAGUCGAGCACAUUAUUUGAAAACACAUUUGAGAUUGCACACUGGAGAAAAAGCUUACAAGUGUGAAAUUUGUUUUAAGCAGUUUAGUACUAAAAGUAUUUUAAAAAUACAUUUGAGGGUGCACACUGGAGAAAAAUCUUACAAGUGUGACAUUUGUUUUAAGCUAUUUAGUCAAGCAGAUAAUUUGAAAACACAUUUGAGAGUGCACACUGGAGAAAAAUCUUACAAGUGUGAAAUUUGUUUUAAACAAUUUAGUCGAGCAGAUUAUUUGAAAAUACAUUUGAGAGUGCAUACUGGAGAAAAAUCUUACAAGUGUGAAAUUUGUUUUAGGCAAUUUAGUCAAGCAGGUCAGUUGACAACACAUUUGAGAGUGCACUCUGGAGAAAAACCUCACAAGUGUGAAAUUUGUUUUAAACAAUUUACUCGAGCAGAUAAUUUGAAAACACAUGUGAGAGUGCACACUGGAGAAAAAUCUUACAAGUGUGAAAUUUGUUUUAAACAAUUUAGUCGAGCAAAUCAUUUGAAAACACAUUUGAGAGUGCACACUGGAGAAAAAUCUUACAAGUGUGAAAUUUGUUUUAAGCAGUUUAGUACUAAAAGUAAUUUCAAAAUACAUUUGAAAGUGCAUACUGGAGAAAAAGCUUGCAAAUGUGAAAUUUGUUUUAAGCAAUUUAGUCGAGUAGGUUAUUUGAAAACACAUUUGAGAGUGCACACUGGAGAAAAAUCUCCCAAGAAAAAAGUGUGAAAUUAAUCACAAGUAACCAAUCUAACUGAUCCUCACUUGUUAAUUUUAUUUACGUUCUAUGAGUCUUUUUACUUUUUGAAAAGAUUUCACUGCGACUUCAUCUUUAUUUCUUCUUCUCUUAAACCACGGAAAAAAGUAAAGUUAAUUGAAUUUAUGUCUUUUAAUUUUGUUACUUCUUGUUACUUUUGUUCUUCUUUGUUACUUUUUUACUACUUGUUUAAUUUUGACAAAAAUCUUUUUGAUACGGAAAGGGAUUACUCCAAACAUAAACAUAUUAGUAAAUGGCAAAAUAAUGGAUCUAGAUAUCUGCAUAAAUGAAACCUUGGGCUUAAAACAAAAAGUCAGAUGUAGAAUAGCCAACCUACAUUUGAGACGGCACCUAAAGAAGAAAUUUGGAGGUUGGGUUAGUAUUUUAUAAAUCAAAAUUUACUUUUCUAAGUAUUUGUGACCGGAUGGAGUCCAGAGCUUGCAAUCUCCGAAGCGGAAUCAGCUAGAAGGCUAUUUUUUAAUACAUAUGUAAUAUCAUUAUGCCAAUAAUAAUAGAUAUAUGUAUAAAGUAUUGUAA